UUAAAAGGCUAAAUGAGCACUAAAAACAGUUUAAAGAAGAAAACAACAAUAACUCCUGAGGAUGAACAUAAAAUCCAAGAAAAAGAAAUACUUAAAAAACCAGGAAAUGACAAUUCUCUUAACAGAGCUCUUGAAGAAGAACAAAUUGGUGAAGGAGACUCAGCAAAAGACUACCAAUACGAAUUCAUUAUGCAUGUCUGAAAGCCUUAUAAGAAGAUCGUUUACUUCCUCAUCAAGAACGGAUAUGUCAAAGAAAGGACUCCGUUUUGCAGACAUGGCAUCAGGUCCUGCCACCUGAAUUCUCUGGAAGGAUUCUGCACAAACUUUUUCUACGGAUUCAUGACAAAGGCAGUGAUAAAUAUUCUUCUGGGGUUAAUAAAUCCCCGAAAGAAGCUCGUGAAUAACAUCGUCGACUUGUUCUCAGCCGACUGCAUGAGCUUCUGCACGUUCUUGGGCGCCUUCAGCGGCAUCUUUAAGUUCAUGAUGUGCACUCUGAGGAGACUCAGAGGAAAAGAUGAUGAACUGAACUCCAUAAUUUCUGGAGCUUUGGCUGCAAUUUCACUUCUUUUCGACAACUCGAAGUCCAGGAAGAAGUUCAUUCUGCUGUACUUGUUCUGCAGGUCGCUAGAAAUGUUGGUGAACGUUCUGGACAAAAAGAAGUGGCUCAAGAAGAUCAAGUACUUCGAGUGCUACAUGUUCGGACCUGUUCUCAGUUACCUGUUCUACGCAUACAUGUACGAGACGGAGUGUUUCCCGAAGGGCAUCGACAAGGCAUUUUUAUCGACCAGCAAGCCUACCAAUAGAGAAUACUCAAUGUUCGAAGAUAUCUACCAAAGACAAGGAAAAAUCUAUUUUCCAGGCGCCACCAGGAAAGUUAAGGUUUAGAUUUUGUAUUUUCUAGAUUUUAGGUAGUAUGUGCUUAAAUUACGUUGGUUU